AUGACCCCAAAGGAGCAGUGCGUCGCCGUGAGCGCGCCCAAGUACACCAGUACGUUUCCAACUCGCCGCUUCAAGUCGAAACACGUCCCUUCUGAAAAUGUGGCGAAGAAGACGUAUGGGGCACCGCAGACGCACCGCAGACUGGGCAGUGACGUGCAGAAAGGCAGACGCAGAAGCAAAGCCAAUGACCGGGAGCGACACCGUAUGCACAAUCUGAACUCUGCUUUGGACGCACUCAGGAGCAUCUUACCUGCGCUACCAGAAGACUCCAAACUCACCAAAAUAGAAACGUUACGCUUUGCUCAUAACUACAUCUGGGCGCUGAUGGAGACUUUACGCAUGUCGGAUCAGCAGGAACCAUAUCCAUCAGAACGCAUGCGCAGUGCUGCAGAGUGGGAGAAUUUGAGCCAGUUUACGUCAAAAAUUAAAUCUGGACAAUCCAAUGGAUCCCGGGCACAAUCCCUCUUCAAACUCUAUGUGAACAAUGAUUUUUCAUUUGGAAGAUCAUCCAAUAUUGGCUCUAAGAACUAG